GCUACCCAGUGCUUUGAGGUUUACGUCAAAUACUGUUCCAAUCAGAUCUAUCAGGAUAGAGCAUUCAGAAAUCUAAGGUAAGCUGAAAAAACAGAUAGCGUUUGUAUUUUUUUAGUCAGUAAGGCCUAACUAGUCUCGCCUUGCUAGAAGAGCCUUCCUUUCACUUGCUCGAUUUUGCCGUACUGGAGUGAGACUGCAUCAGGGUUCGUACAGGUCAUGGAAAACCCGGAACUGAGUCAUGGAAUCUAAGAAUUGCAUUUUCUAGGCCUGAAAGUCAUGGCAUUUAAUUGUCGGUCCUUGAAAGUCAUGGAAAAUUGAAGUUUUGUUUGGUAGAUUCGUUACUGCCGAUGACAAAUCAAGGACAAUGUAAGAGCGAAGUCACUGAACAGCGCAAAGAUCUUUGUUGAGCAUGCGCUGCUUGUUGCUAGGAUACAGCUUCAAAACCAGGCCUAAUAUCCGUGCACUUGGUACAGAAGGCUCAGUCAUGACCACCUGCUUAACAAUAAACGGAUGUUCGCACUCAAAAAACCGGUUUGACGAAGAAACAAGAUUUACUCAUCCAGAAAUUUGGAUUUCGGUGACUUCAAAGAGUUGACGUGAUUCAAGCAGAGCUUUCUUUUUUCCUUCUCAGCAAAGAAGGCAAAAAGAGGCUCUACUCACAGGGUGAAUCAAUCUAAAAACAACUGGUGCAAACAAGAACAACAAAUAUUAAACAGCUGUUAUCGUAAGAAGCAGCGCAGUGGCGGAUCCAGACCUUCAGAUAAAGGGGGGAGGGGGGGGCGGUCAUCCAGAUCCUGAGACAAAGGCGGGGGAGGGGCGGGGUCUCCAAAAAAAAUUUUCGGCCCUUCGGGCCUUAGUUUGGUCCAAAAAUAAGGGGAGGGCGGGCCCCCCGGCCCCUCCCCUGGAUCCGCCACUGAGAAGAGUGAUCAUUUUUGUAAGGUAACUACAGCUCUCGUUUUAAUUUUAGUUCAUCAAUUUUUAUCUCUGCCAGGAUAGAGCUGCUAAAAUGCUUGUCAAUUUAAUACAAGGAUUUCACAGUGAAAGAUAGGGAUGUCAGUCACGAUACAUGUUUUGUCUAACAAUUUUUUUUACACAAGAAAGCUAGUUCUGGUACCGCUCUCACUCGUUAGUGUCUUUCACGAGUGUCUCAAAGCCGGUAUUCGAACACAAAUUUUUUGGGGGCUUUAUUUGAGUGUCAAUGUAUUUAGCACGAAAGUACAAAUUGGGGACAAUAGAGUACCGAAGUGUGACGUCAUAAAAAAUGAAAUUUGUGAAAUUAUGGGAUUUGUUAAGCUAUUCUGAAAGAACAACGUCCAAGACUCCUACUUGCCAAAAAUUAGCAAUUUGGGGCAAAUUGUCUCUGAGAUAUUAGCCCAGUUAUGCUCCGAUGACUCCAUACAAAUCCUUCUAAUGCACCUAUCAAUGUAAACCCCGGGGGGGGAGGCGGGCAGGGGUGGGGAUUUGACAAAUUUUAAAAUUUUUCGAUCAAAUUCCCCAGGGUGGGAAACGAAAGGUCAAUCAAAAGUGUCAAAAAAGCCCCCACCCCAGGGGAAAAAAUCUAAACAAACAAUGCUAUAAUACUAUAUAAAACGAAUAAAAGAACAUUUCAAACACCCUGUUACUACUUUUAUUUACGGUUAACGGAAGCUCCAUUAAAUUACUCGUUGUAAUUAAGUAUUUUCUCUCUCCACUAGCAUCUCUUAUCUUGAACAACAAAAUCACUCCAGGAAGAUUGACCGUGCUAUAUAAUAUUGAUAAAACUUAAAAUGCUUUAUAACAUCUGCUCAACAUGUCGGAACAGGUCGGAUCAGUGACCCAUCAAAAAUCCUCUGACUUUCAUGGUGGAAUUCGAUUUCAAUCGAGUUUUACAAUCAGAUGGGAACUUGAAGAUAAAAACUUUCUCAAAAUAGACAUUAUCUGUUUAGAUGACAGUUUAAAGUAUCGGAUUAUGGCGAUUAAAACAAAUGAAAAGUUCAUACCUUUCUCCAACAGCGUGACUUUCAGGAAACCUCGAGGGACGGACUUGGUAACUGCUUCUGAAUUGAUACCAGGCUUCUGUCGGUCAAAGUCAAAUGUCCCGACCCCGGGGUCGCUUCGCACGAUCAAAAGCCUGAUAGCGGGGAUAGUCCCAGGCAUCAAAUCCCCUCCCCUUGCCCGCACCCCCCCACGGGAUUUACAUUGAUAGGUGCAUAAAUCUUACCUGGUUCCUAAUCUUAUGAACCAAGCCAAAUUUAGAAGGAUUUGUAUGGAAUCGUCACAGCAUAACUGGGCUAAUAUCUCAGAGACAAUUUGCCCCGAAUUGCUAAUUUUUGGCGAGUAGGCGUCUUGGACGUUGUUCUUUCAGAAUAGCUUAACAAAUCCCAUAAUUUCACAAAUUUCAUUUUUAUGACGUCAUCACUUCGGUACUCUAUUUGUGCAGUUUGGUGUGUUGAGAACUAAACAUGCAUUUUUUUGUUAUUUUACAGAAAGAGUGUGCGUUUUUCGGAGGCUAUGAAGAGACUACAAAGCAGAAGGGAAGUACAGGGUUUGACACUGCAGUCAUUUCUUGUUCUUCCCAUGCAGAGAAUAACGAGGCUUCCUUUGCUUGUGAAUGUAAGUAUUUUGAAUAUCGAAUUCCAAAUUUCAUCAUCUCUACCAGGCAUUCGCCACUGUAGACAUGAUGAGACUAAGCCGGGUUAAAUUUCGUAAAGACUUCUAGGACUGUUUUUGGCGAUGGAAAGUAAUGAGCCAACAGCUCACCGGCGCGUCCCCAGCAGCGAUGCUAGAAGUCUUUGCGAAAUUUAACCCGGCCCAGCUUUCUUCUCGUUACCUACAGUGGCAAAAUGGUCAUUUUCAAGUCGAAAUGCACUACGGGACGGUUUUGGAACACCUGGUCAUCUUUGGUUGGCUGUCACAUUUUGCAUAGAAAACUGAAUCAAAAUUCGUCCACUAGAACAGUGCCACGGUGCAGUUCGAAACGCCACCGACCCAGUCUUCUGCGCGACCUCCAAAUAGCCGAUACCCUGGGCACUACAAGGUCAAGUCAAACUCUUUAACCCAAUAAAACUUCUCCUUCGGCGCAAAAGAUAGUUAAAUGAUGGAACUAUUCUGCGUUUAAGGGGUUAGGAAUUCGACUCGACAAGUUUUGGGAAAAGGUGUCUGACUUAGCGUGUCUAUUAUUUGUGCCAAUCCUGAGGUGAGAGUGUGGAAAUAACUGUAUAUUUGACCAAACCCACACGCUAAAGACGUUUCUGGCUCUCCUGGUGUUACGUUCCUUUGAGUUACUAUUAAGAAAGUUUUUGUUGAUAUUUUUGUCAUUAUUUUGUGUCACUCUUCUUAGGCCAUCUGUCAACACUGUGAAGCUGGAAGUGAAGAGUUUAACAGAUCAAACCGGGCGUUAGCUGCUAUCAACAAGGUGAAGAAAACUGAACAAAAACUUCAUCUAAUUUUGGUUUUCUCGCCAUUUUACUCCGUGGAUAUCGCGGAGGUGCCGUAAAUUUAAUCAAGGCCGUAGUAUCAUAAUGUAAGCUAGGCUGCAUCGUGUUAUUGUAAGAAACACUGAGCGUUUUUUGUUAAUUUAAACCUCUAACCUAUUACCGCUUCCCUGGUUUCGUUCAAUAUGAUUAAAGAAAAUAUGUUUUCUUUGACACCUUGGUGAUGAGUAAGGACAUUUUAAGAUCGUUUCACGGACAUACGCAUUUAUUUCCAUGUUUUCUCCACUUCCUCGUCCCCUGUCCUAAAAAAAAUAUUAUUUCGUUCUCAAAGUCCAAAGUUAAACUGCUCUCUGAGUUUGGGAUAUCUUCAGGACUCAAUGUAAUUGGAGGCUUACGAUGUGUAUUUUGUAGAUAGUAAAUGAUUGCAAUGAAGGGGCAAGAAAAUGGAACGAAUGGAGGAAAUUUGUGUUU